AUGGGGCCUAGAGUGGGUCCAGAGGAGGAGGUCCUUCGAGAGCCAGACCUUCAGUGUCGUGGAGGAAGAAGAAGUUGGGACAGAGAAGACCGAGGAUUCGGAUACGUCGGUCCCUGUUCAAGAAGGGGAAAGCGCAACAACGGAAGAGGAAGCUGGAUGGACUCUAAAAGCGACGCUACUCAGAAUAGGAAAGACGACACCAUAAGUGGAGUGCCAUCAAAUACUGUAAAAGAGUACACAUCCGAUAGCAGCAAAGCCGAAGAUGAACCAGAAAGUACAGAGAGCACAGGCUACGUCUCUGCCGAAGAUAGGACAGAGAGCAUUUUGUCUGAGGAACUAGAUAGCAUUAAGAUCAGCAAAGUCAAAUCAUCUGCAUUCAGAGAGCACCAAACUGUUAGGAUUGGAGGAAUACAGUUCAUCAGGAUUGAUGAUGAACCAGAAAGUUCAGGAAGCACCGAUUAUACUUCAGCUGAAGAAAGGAUGGGAAGCACAUUUACUGAAGACCAUGAGAGUAGUUCGGACGAAAAAUUCAGAAGCCCAUUGAUUGGACGGCAAGAUGACAGCAUUAUCGAAGAAUCAGAAAGCAAUGCUGAGGAGCCUGAAAGCAGCAUGGCUGAAGAACCAGAAAGUAGCAUGGUUGAGGAACCAGAAAGUAGCAUGGCUGAAGAACCAGAAAGUAGUGUGGCUGAGGAACCAGAAAGUAGCAUGGCUGAAGAACCAGAAAGUAGUGUGGCUGACGAACCAGAAAGUAGCAUGGCAGAAGAACCAGAAAGUAGUGUGGCUGAAGAACCAGAGAGUAUGGAUGAAGAUCCUGAAAGCAACGUGUUUCAGGAAGCAAACACGAGCUUAUCCCAAGAAUCAGAAAUUACAGCGAGUAAUGAGUCAGACAGCUCCGUAUCUGGAAGCAGUUUCGUGCAAGACCAAGAAAACAUAGUUAAGACAGAAACAGGCAAAUUUGGAGGAAUAGAAUUGAACAUAUUGGAAAAUCAAGAAAUCAGCAAAUACGGAGAAUUAAAAAUUACCAAAGAAAGAGAUCCAGAAGUGAAUGCAGUUGAAGAAGCAGAAAGAUAUAACAGAUAUGAAGACAAAAAAAUCUGCACAGGAACAGGUACUGAAAUCAGCACUGUAGAAACAGAAAUGGGCUCAGUUAAAGUAGCUGGAAUAAACACACUCAGAGAAUCGGUAAACACCCAAUUGAAGAAUCAGAAAAGAACACAAUCGAAGAAUCAGUAAUCAGCAAAGCUGAAGAACCGAAAAUCACCACAGUUGGACAAACAAUUAGUAUAAUUGAAGAAAUUGAAGAAGUAGAAAUCAGAACAUUCAAAGAACCAAUAAUGAGCAAAACAGACAGGGCAAAUGUCGGCACAGUUAAAGAACAAGUGAUCAGUAAAGGAUAAAGUUCAAGAAGUCAACACACUUGGAGAACCAGAAGCUGAAGGUUCAGAAAUCACCAGAAUUGUAGAAUCACAAGUAAACAAAGAA